AUGCCCCCCAAACUCUCCCUCCACCCGCCCCUCCUCAACACCGCCUCCCCCUGGGCAACAUCCCGCGCCCACCUCGCCGCCCUCCUGCGCUGCCCCUCCGUCGGCGCCGUCACCACCCGCACGAGCCUCGUCGCCGGCUUCCCGCACGCCCCGGACACCCACCGCUACGCCCUCUUCGAUCCCGCCACCGGCGCCGCAUCGGCCACCUUUUCCGGCCCGCCGGAGGACUCCAACGACAACGAAGCCGGCCGUCCUGACCUGCGCGCCGACAAGAUGCCGCUCGCAUCGCUCAACACGCUCGGCUACAGCCCUCUCCCGCUCUCGGAAUACCUCUCCAUCAUAUCUUCCCUCGCAUCUUCGACCCCUCCCAAAACAAUCAUCAUCAGUGUCACGGGCUCGCCCGCCGAGAUCCUCACCUGCCACACCCUCAUCUCCUCCCACGCACCCUCAGUCCCCUUCCCCCUGGCCAUGGAGAUCAACCUCUCCUGCCCCAACAUCCCCAACCUCCCUCCGCCAGCAUACUCCCCCUCCUCACUAUCCUCCUACCUCGACAUCCUGCCGUCCGAAUCCGCCAUCCCCAUCGGCAUCAAGAUCCCUCCAUACACUCACGCCGGCCAAUUCGACGACCUCGUAUCCUGCCUCAUCAGCUCUGAACCAAACCAUCCGCCAGCCUCCAAGCUCAGCUUCCUCACCGCAACAAACACCCUAGGCUCAUGCCUCCUACUCGACCCAGACUCUUCUUCAGACGACGCGCUGCUUCCGGGAGGCGGCAUCGGAGGCAUGGCCGGACCUCCUCUGCAUCCCCUCGCCCUGGGUAACGUGGCAACGCUGCGGCGAAGGUUUGAUGCCGAUCCACGGCUGGCACACUUGGACAUCAUUGGAGCGGGAGGAGUCUAUGACGGCCAGGGGUAUAAGAGAAUGCGCCGCGUCGGAGCCGUGGCCGUGGGAAUCGCAACGGCCUUGGGGAGGCAGGGCGUGGGCGUCUUCGCCUCAAUUGAGACAGACAUUCACUCUACCUGGUAG